UCGUUCAUACGGUGAGAAGAAAGAAUGAUGACUGUUUUCCAGAUCAUCUUUCUCCAUCGUUACCACUCUCUCCCUCUUCCAAAAUCAAAUUUCAAACAAAGCCCUUAUUUCCAUACUUAACGUAUAUAUGUAUAAUUGCGUAGGAUUUUAAUUAGGGAUUCAUUCUUCAUCAUCAUCAAAAAUGAAAAACCCAAUAAUUUCCGCCCAUGAUUCUCCUUUUCCCCACCAACCCCAUUUAGUCCAUACAUGUUCUUUUUCUGUUCCCUUGUACAGCUGAUCAGAACCCACUUCUCCCUAUUGAGUUUUGACCCACUGCCACUCCUUUUCCACCUCAGUUCUAGGAUUUUCUUUUUUCUUCAUUGAAUCUCCUUUUUCUUAGUUUUAGGUUCUAUUGCGGGAUCUUUAUGCCUCCUCAUGACCUCAUCUAUUUCAAACUAAAAUUUCUUCUGUUCAUCCCAAUUUUCAUGUAUAAAUAGUUGAAAAGAUCAAUUUCCCCACGAAAAGUUUGUUUAAAUUUGGCUAAUUUAAGUGAUAUGGCUUAUCAACAACACCAGUCUCUCCCGGGUCCAAUCACAGGUUCGGGUUUGGGAGGGCUUCAAUACAUGAAUUCUCCAUAUGGGGAUACCACUCUCACUAAGGUUUUUGUUGGAGGGCUAGCCUGGGAGACGCAAAGUGAGACCAUGAGGCGGUAUUUUGAGCAGUUUGGGGAGAUUAUUGAAGCUGUCGUCAUUGCUGAUAAGAAUACUGGCCGAUCCAAAGGAUACGGUUUUGUGACUUUCUGGGAUCCUGAGUCAGCUAGAAGAGCAUGUGCUGAUCCAACUCCAAUUAUUGAUGGAAGACGUGCAAAUUGUAAUUUGGCUUCUCUUGGGCGAUCUCGUCCAGCACUUCCAUAUGUUAUGCAAAUGCCUGAUGUUGGGUUGGAAAUGUACUUGUGCUGUGGCUGUGAACUUUUGUAAGUGGGGUCAUAGUUAUUAUCU